GGUUUCAGUUCAGGCAGAGAUCGGGGGAAGACAAGCAACCCGAAUUUGGGUUUCUAUUCAAAGCCAGCUGGUCUGGCUUUAAUUUCAUGCAGGAAAUUUCCUAUAAGCUAAUUCUAGGUCUUUUUUGUUUGGUCUUCUUUUUCUACUAAUAUUACAUUUGUUUUCCACUUUUUUUAACUUUUUUUUUAAUUUUUAAUAUUUGAUUGAGCUGGGCCUCAGCUGGUGCUGCAGGGCGUAACUUCCUGGGGAAGCAGAGAAAAGGCACGGGUGCCAACAAAAGACAACCUCAAGCAUUGUGAACAGUGAAAGCAACUCUACAAUGAACUGCUGGCAGACCGCAUAGAGAGUGAAGGCACGGAAGACGGAAGACGAAGGAACGCUGAACGUGGUACAGAUGCUGGAAUCUUUGAGCUGAUUGGAACAAAUAGAAAGCAAGAGAAAAGACAGAUAAAGGAAGAGCUGCAGAGUGAAAGGAAAGAGGAAAUAGAAGAAGAAAGAGGAGAGAGAAGAAAGGUUCAAGUUCUUUAGAAAGAGGAGAGAAAGAAAAAGACGGGGACGAUGGGGAGGAAAAAGAUUCAGAUCACACGGAUUAUGGAUGAACGCAACAGACAGGUGACAUUUACAAAGCGAAAGUUUGGCCUGAUGAAGAAGGCGUACGAGUUGAGCGUGCUGUGUGACUGUGAAAUUGCCCUGAUCAUCUUCAACAGCACCAACAAGCUGUUCCAGUACGCCAGCACAGACAUGGACAAGGUCCUGCUGAAAUACACCGAGUACAAUGAGCCACAUGAGAGCAGGACCAACUCUGAUAUUGUGGAGACAUUGAGAAAGAAGGGCCUAAACGGCUGUGACAGCCCAGACCCCGACGCAGACGACUCGGUUGGCCACAGCCCCGAGUCCGAGGACAAGUACAGGAAAAUAAACGAGGACAUUGAUCUGAUGAUCAGCAGACAGAGACUGUGUGCAUUGAGCAAGAAGGAGAACAAGGGCGGCGAGAGCCCGGAGCUCGAGUCUGCUCUCAUCCUCACCCCACGCACUGAGGAGAAAUACAAACAGAUUAACGAGGAGUUUGAUCACAUGAUAAAAACUCAUAAUAUACCUCAGGCUGUGCCCCCAUCGAACUAUGACAUGCCCGUAUCCAUUCCCGUUAGCAACCAGAACAAUCUAAUCUACAGCCAUCCCGGCGGAUCCCUAGGCAACCACAAUCUGUUGCCACUGGCGCACCAUGGCCUACAAAGAAACAGCAUGUCUCCUGGAGUGACACACAGACCCCCCAGUGCAGGUAACACAGGUGGCCUCAUGGGUGCUGACCUCACCACUGGCGCAGGCACCAGUGCUGGAAAUGGAUAUGGGAACCACCGCAACUCGCCUGGUCUGCUGGUUUCUCCAGGCGGAAUGAACAAGAACAUGCAGGCUAAGUCUCCUCCACCCAUGAACCUCGGCAUGAACAACCGCAAACCUGACUUACGUGUGCUCAUCCCCCCUGGCGCCAAGAACAACAUGCCCUCAAUCUCUGAGGAUGUUGAUCUGCUAUUGAACCAGAGAAUAAACAACUCUCAGUCCGCUCAGUCACUGGCUACCCCCGUGGUAUCAGUAGCAACGCCCACUCUACCUGGACAAGGCAUGGGAGGUUACCCAUCUGCCAUCUCUACUUCUUACGGUACCGAAUAUUCCCUGAGCAGUGCAGACCUGUCCUCGCUGUCUGGCUUCAACAGUGGCAGCUCCCUGCACCUUGGCUCGAUGAGUGGGUGGCAACAACAACACCUUCAGAACAUGCAACAUUCAGCCCUUGGCCAGCUAGGAAAUUGCUCUAGCUCUCACUUAUGUCAGGGUUCAAAUCUCUCCCUGCCCUCUGCUCAAAGCCUGCACAUCAAGUCCGAACCUGUUUCUCCUCCUAGAGAUCGCACCAGCAGCACACCGGGGGGCUACGGUGGUGGGGUGCCACCUCCCCAGAACCCCCCGUCCCGCCAGGACUCGGGACGCUCCCCUGUUGAUAGCCUGAGCAGUUGUAGCAGCUCCCACGAGGGCAGCGACCGCGAUGAGCACAGGAAUGAGUUCCACUCGCCUCUGGGACUGACCCGGCCUGCCCUGGACGAGCGCGAGAGUCCCUCCAUCAAGCGGGUCCGCCUUUCAGAAGGAUGGGCGACAUGAUUGCCCUGUCCUCUACCCCGGCAGAGCCCCAAGUUACCCGGAGCCGUCGACAAUGCAGCAUUGCGGUGCCCCAAAGUCAGCUCCCCCCUUCUCCUCCUCCUCUCGCUAGAUGUCAAUCACCACCCAACCCCAUUGGACUCUCUCCUUUUUUUCUGUAAUGCUGAAGGAAAGAAAAAGGGACAACCCUUUUCAACAAAAAAAAUGUUUGUAAUUUCUUUUUCCUUUUUUUAUUUUCCCUUUUUUUUCUUGGCUGAGUGUGUGCGUGUGCUAUACAUAUUGACAUUAUAUAAACCAGUGGGGUGUUACAACGGGGUUUUGGGAGGGCGGCUGUUGGUUGGGAAGGGAUUUUAGGGUGUUUUUGUUGGGGAACUAUGCAUAAAUUGUACUGUGUGUGGAUAAAAAGAAUCACGUAUGCGUUUAUCUUUACACGCGUGUAUGUGUACAGAUAUGCAUAUCAGCAAAUAAAAAAAAUUAGUCAGGUACUUUGUCUCAAAAAAACUUACUUAAAAUUUGCCUCAGCGAUAUUUCAGUGAUACAAAAAAGAAAGAAAAAAAACAAAAAAAAAACAUUUCCAUAUUUCCGUGAGAGUGAGUGUGUCCGACCGGAAAACACCUUUCGCACUUGAGUUGGACAAACCGUACGUGUGUACAGUAUCAGUUUCAUUGCUACUAUUUUACCUUCUCCGCAGUUCUCCCUUGCAAAAAUGUGUGUUAACAUUAGAUGAUGUCAUGUUGCAGGUUCAACGUAUUUAUGUAAAUAGUGGGUUAAGGGCGGGGGAAGGGCAGGGCUCAAAAGUUGCCAGACAUUUCAAGAUUUAUUAACUCACGAAAUGAAAAGCUAUUAUGCAACAUUUGAAGGAUUGUACAGGUAAACAGGCGACCCCGAUGCUAGUUGCGUGGCACCUUUGAUGAUUAUAACGCUCCUCUUAAAGAACGGAGUGAGGACCACCAUUUGAUCUGAGAGCUGCGUUGGUGUAAUCAAGAUAACUCUGGAUCUAGUAUUAACUUCUCAGUAUUGAUAAACAAAAAAGAAAAAAAAAACAAUUGUACGAUACACUUGCUUAUAUUUUCAUAUGAAAGGAAUACAAUGCAAAGCAUUUUUGUGGCUUUUUGUAGUUUCUAUAAGCCAGAAUGUGUUUUUUCAUAGCUUUGCUAAUUAAGAGAUGGAUAGUUCACCCAGAGGGGAAAUGACAGGGCUGCAGAGCCCCAAGCCAUGAAAAACAGACUGAGAUCCAAUGCUUUGCUGAACUGUUUUAUCUUUGUAGAGGUUUGUUUUUAAACGUGUAUUUCUAAUUAUAUAUAAUAAUGGUAAUAUUAAGAAUCUUUAAACAAAAAAAAACAUCUGUGAAAUUAACAUGCUUGUGUAUAGCUUUCUAAUAUAUAAAUAUAUAUAAUAAUGAUUUUUGUUGGUUUCUUAGUGGAGUUUUUAUGUGCAGUUGCACAUGUUGUCUGGUUUGUUUAAUUUGAACUCUGACAGUGCUGUUCAGGGGUGUAUUUAGACUAACUUUAAAACAACAACAACAAAAAAACCAGCUGGGAAGCAUUACCAGGAUUGGUGUGACACAGAAAGAGACGGGCCUGAAUGAAAAACAACCUGCUUGUGGAAAAUGUCACGAGACUGGAACAUGAGAUGACACAGAAAUAAAUAAUAAGGCAUGAUGCGCAGGGUUGUCAAGCUGAUGAAGAAAUGCAGCUGACCCUCAGUCUGGAAUGCAUGUUUAUGCAUCAGACGUUUCAUUAUGCAUCUAAACAACCAAAUUUAACCAAAUUAAUCUCGUGGAUCAUAUUUUUCAAAUUUUUUUGAGUUUCCAUCUUCCGCAGUCUCCGUUUGUGUUCAAGAUGUUGCACUCACUCAUCUAAAAUGUGCAAUUUUCUUUGAUAUCAUAUUCAUGUAAUGCAAUUUUGCAAGUGCAUUGUGAUAAAUUAUUGCUGAUCAUUUCGGCCUAAUUCAAUUCUGUGUCAUGUGCUCAUGUUCCGGUCGAAAAGGCGCUCCAUAUCAUGUCACUGAAAGUUCAGUCGGAGAUGCAAGAGGACGAAACUGAUCAUGCUGGUAUGGGAGAAGCACAAUUGUUUAUUUUAGAUGAAUUGUUGUUUUUAUUUUCUCAUUUUUAAACGAUAAAACUAGCCACAUAUCUCUCUGCCUCCCACUCCCGUAUCUGUUGUCACUUAUGUGUUAUAAUAUUUCUAUGUGCAUAUUUCAUGCAGGUUCACAAUGUUGUUACUGUAUACAGUCUGUGUAGUCGAACGGGGCAGAGCCUCUGUAAUGGUGUUCUCUCUUUUAUUUUUUAAACUUCAGUACAAAAAGGUUGAGAAAAAAUAAAUAAAAUGAACAUGAUGUUUCAGGCAGUAAGUGUGGAGAAACCAAAGCCAGUGGCAUUUUCUGUGUUGUAAAAUCAACUUUUAUUUUCACAUACAUUUAUGGUUUUUGCAAGCAUUGAAACAAGAUAAUAAAAGAAUUUGCUCAAAUUUACAGCUGUUUUUGACAUUUCAAUCGCAGUCAAAUGUAGCUUUCAAGCUUCCAAGCUUCACUGUCCAUGACGACCGCAGUAAUUUACCUGUUUUGUCACUCAUUUGUCUCCCUGUGUGUUGCAUGUAUUUUAUUGACUUUUCUUUUUUUUUUUGCUCUGAAUCAAAAGAAUCAUUCAGGCCUAUUAUGUGACAAAUGCUUCUUGUCCACUUCAUCAAACCACAUUUCACACAAUUUCAUCUGCUCACUGAAUUUAAUCCACUUAUUUCAGUGUUAACAGUUCAAAUGGGAAAGUCUGGACAUUAAUUUCACACUUUACCAAAAGAGAAAACUUGUCUUUCUUUCCAUUUUAUGUUUGCUUUGUGUCUAUCAGAUUAGAAGCCAUUACUUUUCAUUUUCAAAAUGUCGGUACCUCAAAAUUGACUGAGGCAAUACCUCAGUGGAUCUUUUGAUUAGCCACUUGCAGUGCAAAGGGGAAAGCAUCAAUCUGUACAGCCAUGUGUAAUAACAUACAUUUGCUUCAUUGGGAAUCUUUGUUGCUCCACUGUGUUUGCGGUUUAUUUAAGUUGUGCUUAAAAUCUGACAUUUAAAAACAAUAUAUGUUAAAAUACUUCAAAAGUCAGUUUGUAGUAUCAAUGUAGCUUGUUAAAAAACCUGUAAAUGGGGAAAGUUUGGAACUAAUGUUUUCUGGAAAGCAAGAGCGGCUUUCAGCGGCAUAAGCUGGCCUUUGUCGCCACUCGAGACUAAGAUGGUGUUGAAUUAAAUCACAUCUCUGUAAUUCAAGGGCCUUGAUUCAGCUGUAUGUAGUGAAAACGUAUGGAGAUGAAAUAAAAGGCUUCUCUGGAGGGAAAGGCUAUUUGUAUUUUGCAGAGAUUUCAGUAAAGUUGCUGGCUUUCUUGGUUAUACUGA